CCAAGCGAAGUUUGAAGGAAUAGAGAGCCAACUAGCCUGCAAGAAUUAUUCUUCUCGUGUCUCAUCGCUCUGUUCGUUAUUUAUCUUCAUCUGCUUUUUCUUAUCAACGAAAAUGACGACUUCAAAUUCAAGAACCAGAUACACUGGACCAGUCUUGUCCUACGGGUUACAGAGAUCGAACUCUUCGUCGUCGUCGACGGCUUUCGCAUCUGCAAGUUCGGGUUUCUCUCCUCCAACUACUGGUUUCUUCAAUAGAUCAACCUCUCCUACUUGCCGCAAUCUCUGUGGUUCCGUUCCCUCUUCGUCUUCUCCUUCUGUUCGGUUUUCGAUCGACCGAUCUCGCUCUCCUAGCAGGUCGAUUGCGGUUUCUCCUCGUGAUCAGAUCGUAAAGAAGCAGAGUAAUCUUUUGUCUGCUCCAUCAUCUCCGAAGAGGACAUGUAUGUGUUCGCCGACUAAUCACCCUGGUUCGUUUCGUUGCAGUCUUCACAAAGGUGUCGAUAAUCACCAUCAUCAUGCCGGAUCUUAUCCCUCGUCUAAUCGAUUAAACGCUCGGAGAUCAGCGAUGACAAAUUCGCUUGUUCGGAUUGGUACUGUUGAGGGAGAAUUGGUUAAGAGAGCUUUGGCAGCUUUGAUUAGACCUUCUUCUCAUCAGCAGAAGAGAAGAGAGUCGUUUCAGCAAAGACCUAGUCGGCUUUCUGUUAUGUCGAAUGCCGAAGACUUGUGAUCAAUCAAUCGAGCAGAUGGCGUCCCUUGGCUUUGGGUGAUUUGGUGGCCACUCUCCAUUACUUGAAGGUAUCCUUUGCCCUGAGAUUUGCAUUUGAUUACUUCUAUUAUUCUGACGGCAUGACAUUGACUGAAUUAAGAACUCAUUUCGACUGAAAUUAAUGAACUAAGAAAUCGACGUCUGGAACAUACGAAAAAGGUCAAAUUUAACUAAAUUACUUGACCAAAGCUCAAACCUUAAAGAGAAGAAAUUAGCAUAUUUGUGAAAAAAAAAAAAAAAAAAAGGUUGGGCUUGGUCAGGUUUGAAAAAACUGAAAUCGGGGAUAAAUUGGUCUGAAUCGUCCAAAAAUCAGUUAAAAAUGUAACAGUCAGUGGUAAUUGGCCGGCCGGUCCCAAUAAGCCGAUUCACCGAGGAGAUUAGAUUUGUUUUCUCGUCGUGAUAUAGUUGGUAAAAUCCAGAAACCAGGGCGCCAUUAGAUCCUUCCAGAAAGAAGGGAAAAGAAAGGUUUUAAGGGUGUUAACUAAGAGUCCCAUACACAGUCAAGCAUAGCUGUAUACAAUAUGAUUAUAGAGAGGAAUAUGCACGUAGCCAUGCCCCACGCCCAUGGAGUUACAGAGAAUUACACUACUUACCUUUUAUAAAAUAAAUCUGUGGUUGGAGUGUGGCAGAUUCUAUAUAAUACUAUACUCCUCAUAUUUUUCAUGUGGCAGAAGAUACUUUUUUCUUUUUUUGGUAUAGUCAUUGCUGGCUUCUGAUUUCUUAAAUAUAUUUACCAAAACUCUUUAAGAACAGUACUUUCUUUGGGAAAAAAGUUUUUGCUGGGAAGAGUGGCUCCGAUGGACACAUUGAGGGGUGGGAUGAUCAGUUUAUCCCUAUGAAAUGGGAAAAGAUAUCUCUGUGUAUAUUUUCUCAUGUGUUUCUAUUUUGUACUUUCAUAAUAUUAAUAGUCAAGGUGUCAAAAUAAAUAAUAUAUUAAAAAAAAAGAAGAUAGAUAUUUAAUGAGAGAGAAAUGAAAAAUAUAAUAUUAAAAUGGCUUAAUGGUAGCAGCGUUUAAGCACUUGCUUCAUAUAAGCACCACAUUCGGUUUUAACAGUUGAUUUUAUCUGACAUAAUUUGAAUCGUUCCUUUUUUUCAACCUAUUACUCGUUAUUCUAGUUUACUUUCCCAGCAGGGUUUUUGGUCAAUAUAUUGUCAUCUUCUCUUGCCGUGAAGAGCAACUGUAGUUUCACUCGCGUCUUCUCUAAGAGAGGACUUGUCGGUGCCUGUGUUUGUUCUCUUGGGUCUGGUAAUACCCACCGGAGAGCCGGCGAGCGAGCCCUUUGUCCCAGCCAAGUGCCAUCGACCUUGCAAUCACAAUCGCAGUCGCAUCAGGUUUACAGUUCCGGUGAUUGUGGCAACUUCUCACCAGUGUUACCACAGUCUGCAGAAGAGCUAAGAAGAGGCCGUUGGAAUAGUUUCUAUCAUUAAUGUCGGCAUUUAAAUGGGUUUAUUCUUUUAUUUAUCUAUAAUGUUUUCUUUAGAACAAGAGGCGGUAGCUGUGUGAGAGCGAUUGAUAAACCGGUCAAGAAUUCGCUUCUCUCACUUAAUAUUUUCCAUGCUCUCUAAUGAGAGAGAGGGAACAAUAUUCGAAGGUAGAAGGAGAGUUCAUAGAAGCAAAAAAGAGCUGAUGAAUAAUUAUUGGCUAGGGGGAAGAGGAAACAAAGAGAGGGGACUGGCCAGAAUUUUCUUUUGUUUCAUCCUUUGUUCUACUACUUGGGAUCCAACGCUGUCGUUGUUGCUUUCUUUUUUAUUGUAGAAAUCAAAACCUCUCUGCAUCAAAGAUUGUUAAACACCAAGUGAAAGAGAAUGGUAGUUGGAGACCGGUGGUCGAAUAAGAGAGGUGUAAAAGAAACAAUUUCGUGCAAAAUUGGAAACCUUAUGUAGAAGUAGGGAGCCCUAAUAGAGGUAUGAGGGCAAUCGAUGGCUUGGAUUAAUUAUCAAAAAAUCAAUGGUCAAAAUUAAAUGUGAUGUUUAUAUGAAGCGGGCGCUUAAGUGCUGCUACCACUCACCCUAUUAAAAUUAUCAAAGAGAAUAAAAUAUAAUUAAUUACUAUCA